UUGAGUGUUGCAGUAAUGGCUACUUAUGAAGAAGAGGUGACACUUUUCGGGGUUGUGGGAAGCCCAUUUGUGUGCAGGGUUCAGAUUGCUCUCAGAUUAAAGGGAGUUGAAUACAAAUAUGUGGAAGAUGAUUUGAACAAGAAGAGUGAUAUGCUCCUCAAAUACAACCCAGUUUACAAAAUGGUUCCUGUGUUUGUUCACAAUCAGAAGCCCAUAUCAGAGUCCCUUGUGAUUGUUGAAUACGUUGAUGAGAUCUGGAAACACAACCCCAUCUUGCCUUCUGAUUCUUACCAACGAGCCAUGGCCCGUUUCUGGUCCAAGUUCAUUGAUGAUAAGUGCGUUGCUCCUGCAUGGAAAUCAGUUUUUAUAGUUGACGAGAAAGAGCGUGAGAAAGCAGCUGAAGAAUUAAAUGAAGCUCUCAAGUUUCUUGAGGAUGAGCUAAAGGACAAGUUCUUUGGAGGAGAUGAGUUUGGCUUUGUGGAUAUUGCAGCGGUUUUCAUACCUAUAGUUCAAGAGGUUGCGGGGAUGCAAUUGUUCAGCAGUGAAAAUUUUCCCAAACUCUAUAAAUGGAGCAAAGACUUUCACAACCAUCCAAUUGUCAAAGAAUGUCUACCUCCUAAGGACCAACUUUUUGCCUAUUUCAAGGCUCGUGCUCAAAGCCUUGCUGCUCGAAAAUAAAUUAAUAUCGAGUUAGACUCAGUAUUUCCAAGGUUGAUUCAAGAUUGUAUGAAGUACUUUUCUGGGU